GCGUGCGUGCGUGUGUGUGUGUCUGUGCGUGUGUGUGUGUGUGUGUGCCUGUGUGUGUGUGUAUGUGUAUGUGACACAGAAGGCACCAGUGAGAGGAUCAGAGGGGAUCAUAUAGUGCAGUCUAGCUUCCUGUCUCCCUGUGUGUGACAGUGAGUACAGCUUGAGUGAUGUCAGACCUGAUCUCAUCUCUGCACUGGGAGCAUCAGACUGACCAAUCAGUAGUGAGGGAGGUGCAAAAGGGUUUAAAAGCAAAGUUGUUUCUCUGAAAAUCAACAUUUCCGCCUGGCUCUUCAUCAUUGGCGAGGGACUCUCAAUGCUAUCCGCCGAACGAGAAGCUACAAAAUGAAGUAUGUUUCUGGAUACCUUUCAAUCGUUAUUGCUUUGUUCAUCUCUUCAACAGGGGCUGAAGAUGUGGUGUAUGGUCAGGUGGGAGGGAUGGUCACACUCCCCGUGUUGAAGUGGGGUUCAGAAAAGGUGUUGGUACAAUGGUACUUUGGGAUGAACACACAACCUUUGAUAACCCGCAACGCCCAAGGUCGAGAGACGAUAGAUCCACAGUGGAAAGACAGGCUGUCUCUGUCAAAGACUGACUUCUCCCUGAUCAUCAACAAAAUCAGACUGGAGGACUUCAAAUCCUUCAAAUGUGAACUGAAAGAUUUCAGGCCACAACAAAUUACCUCAGUCACCUCAUUCAGACUGUCCCAUGUGAGUGUACAGCCAGUCUCUCCCUUGUUGGUUGGGAAGAAUCUUAAUCUGAAGUGUGACAUAAAGGAAAUAUUUGAGGGGACACAGAGAAGAUGGCUUAGUCCCCAGAAACAGGACCUGAACAAGGACACGCGUGUCCAGAUCGGAAAUGACGGCAGCCUGAAAGUAAUGAAAGUCACUGGUCAAGACCAUGGAGAGUGGACCUGUGUGGUGACAUACCAGGGCAGGGAAACAUAUGUCAACACCCCUGUUACUGUAAUAGACCUCUCCCCUGCUCAUUCACAGCCUAUCUACACCUCUGUCUCCUCCUUCUCUCUUCUCCAUCUGCCAUGUUUCUUUUCCUUUCCUCUGCCUCUAUCCUGGUCAGACAGCCAGGAAAAUGGCAUCCAGGGAGGCCGCUGGACCUUUACCCCAAGCCCAGCGGCAGGCUCCCUCACUGGGGUUGUCCAGACCCUCGUCAACCUCUCCCUGGGGCCUCCAUUAGCCUGGGUGGUCAAUCAGAAGAGAGGUCUGGAUGUCUCAGCCCUGCAGAAGAAAAAUCUAAACCUCUCCCUGUCAAAGAAAGGGGUGACGGUGGGGGACAGGGGCAACUACACCUGCGCUGUGGAGUUCCAGAGGGACGACACCCUGAAGAGAGUAAUGCGUGUGGAGGUGCUACAGUUGUUUACCUCUCCAGUUCCAGUGGCCUUUGUAGGUCAGGAGGUCAACCUCACCUGUACCCUGGGCCAGCCUCUGACCUCUGACCUGGAAGUGAAAUGGAUCCCACCACAUCACUCCACCCUCCUCCCUUUAGGCUCCUCCACCCACCCCACCCUUCUCACCAUCCCUGAAGCGACGUAUGGAGAUGGUGGGUUGUGGAGGUGUGAAUUGUGGGGGAACAAAACCAAGCUGACGUCAGUGGAGAUCACACUGAAGAUCGAGCGAGUCCCCGUGGACGUGUGGCUGUUGGUCACCAUCUGUGCUGCAGCCGUCAUCUUCGUCCUCCUCCUCAUCCUCACUGUCAUCCUCAUCCGACGCCACAGACAGCGGAUGAUGAUGCCCAGACGUGGCAAACGCAGAUUCUGCAACUGCAAAGAGUGAGUGUAAUUUCCUGCGCACCCCCACACCAAAAGGAUUCUACAGAAACUAGAGAUAUCGUACAGACAGGAAUCCCUGUCAAUGGACAAUGUCUCUACUAUUUUGUCUUAACUAUUCUAUUCUGAUAAAAAGAAAAACCAAAAGGACAAAAGAAGCAAGAAAGAAGAUGUUUUCAUGUGAUAUUUGAUAAUAGAUUUCACAAGUGUAUAUUGUCAUGCUUUAUGACCUAUGAUUGAGCUACAAUUGAACAAAUACUGUAUAUAAAUAUGUAUAGCUACUGUCACUUUUGUAUUACUGUACACUGAGCUUACAAAACAUUAAGAACACGUGCUCUUUCCAUGAUAUAGACUGACCAGGUUAAUCCAGGUGAAAGCUAUGACCCCUUAUUGAUGUCACUUGUUAAAUCCACCAUGGGUUGUGUACAUGUGCCAUUCAGAUGCUGAAUGGGCAAGACACAAAAUGUAAGUGCCUUUGAACGGGGUAUGGUAGUAGGUGCCAGGCACACCGGUUUGUGUCAAGAACUGCAACACUCCUGGGUUUGUCACGGUCAACCGUUUCCUAUGUGUAUCGCAGUGGAGGCUCCUCAGAGGAGGAAGGGGAGGACCAUCCUCCUGAGUGAAUUUCCUAAAAAUAAAAAUAGUGAAACA